GAUUGUUCGAAAUCAAGCAGCAGAGAAGGCAAAACAGACUGGUCAGAGCCCUAACCCUGUGAUCUCUCAGUCACCAACAGGCCCCACCCAGGGGCAAGGGGGUUACAGCAUUAACGGGAUCUUGGGCAUACCUAGUAGUGUCAAUCAGGGGGUGCCAAUGCCCAACCCAGUUGACCCCACAGGCAACAAAAGGAAACGAGAUGAUGGGGUUCCAAAUGGCCAAGAAGAGGUUACAAAUAACAACACAGAAGACCCCCAGAUGUGGUUUGAACGUCAAACGAAACUCGCAAAAGUGGUAGAUACCUCAAGUGAUCACAUGACCCAAGGUCAAGGUCAUAUGACAACAAAUGGCUACAGUCUUCAAUACACGCAACAUCCUCAAAAUUUUGGUGCUACGUCGCGUAAUCAGACUGCUGGGGCGGAGAUGAAAUCGUCAGCUGUAGAUGCAGUCUAUCAAAACAUACAAGGCAUCACCGUACAGACCACCUCAGGCCAGAACAACUCCACCACAGAAAAUAACCGCACUCCCGGAAACUACACCCCUCCGGCUGGUCUAACUGGCAAUUCUUUGACCACCCUUACUCCCGUUUCAACAGAAGGUGAUGUUAAGCCUGUGAUUGGUCCAGAUGGUCAGGUCCAAAGCACGUCCUCAACUGCCCACUACUCAGAAACCAACAAUAAUAGCAUUCAAGGUGAAACAGUCCCCUCCCCCGGGAAAGCCAGCGAGGCCCCACACCAUGGCUCCCCAGGGGAUUUGGUCGAACUCAAACCUGCUCUCGCUACAACUGGAAUAAGUCAACUUUACACAACUACUGGUCAGCCAGGCUAUACUAACACUCAUACAUCUUUUAGCAGUCAACCAAUGAACAGUCUAGUUCCCCCACUUGUCCUGCCCCCUGGGUCCACCACUACUUAUAGCCCACCAACUAAUGGUAGUGAUUACAGUACAUAUGCAUCAGUCCCUUACACACAAUACGGCACCACCCCUCCCUACGCAGACUCAGCAUGGACUAUGAGAUAUGCAGGAUCUAGUGCUGCUUUAAUGAACCCGUCCUACUAUUACGCACCCCCAUCAAGAACUGGAGAAUCGUCCCCCACCUCAACCAAUUACAAGUCAGAACGUUGCUAACACUAGCUAUAUAUAGGACCUUUUACACUGGGACAUUAAAUACUCAAAUGUCCCAUUGUGCUGAGCACCAACUUACAGUCCCAUAAAUCCUUGGAUCAUAAUAUGGGAUGAGUCAUAUCUGAGGACUGAAAUCUCCAGGAUCAAAAAUCCUGUCAUGAACUUCAAAACCCGUGCCAUGGAGAAUCAUAAUCCCCAGGACUAAAUGGACAAUAUGAGGGGUUUACAUAAUGUGUGAGAAACAUGCAACUACAGUGGAUUUAAUUAACUGUAAAAUAGCUUAUUCAUACAACAGCUAUUUUUACUUAUACAACAGCUACAGUGUGGUAGCUAUUUCAAUUUAUAUGUUAGGG